UGUAGUUUUGUGUAGCGUAACCUGGUGUAAGAAGAACAAGAAGAGUCCGCGGUCUGGAAGUUGUACGAGACAUCAAUUGAAAAAAGCGGAUUUAUUUGUGUAUCAUCAGCAAGAGGCACCACUUUAUAUUUAUCAUAGCAGAAAUUACAUCUCAAAUUCUCAAAAAUGGCUAAGAAAGCAUUUCAGCAUCAGGCGGGCACAGCCAUGGAGUGCUUAAGCAUCCCAAUAACGUUACACAAAGAAAAAGACAUCGACGAGGAAGGGCGAGAAGUGUUAAAGUGCGGUUUCAAAAUUGGUGGUGGCAUCGAUCAAGAUUUCCGAAAAAGCCCUCAAGGCUACACAGACUAUGGAAUAUACGUCACCGAAGUACACGAAGGAAGCCCUGCGGCAAAAUCGGGCCUGAGAAUGCACGAUAAGAUUCUGCAGUGUAAUGGGUAUGAUUUCACCAUGGUAACGCAUAAGAAAGCCGUCAGUUACAUACGAAAAAAUCCCGUGCUCAAUCUACUCGUCGCGAGAAAGGGCGUUACAUCGACCUAAAGUACACGUGAACGAACCAGCAUGGUCCAGUUUCGUUCAUGUUGGAAUCCUCAUCCAGUCGUAAUCGAAAGUUACAAUACGGAAUACUCCUCCUGUCGAAAAAAAAGUCGGGAACAUUCCUCGUUUGCCUAAUUUCAGGUCAGACAAAUCGAACGAGAGGCAAUCCAUUCCAAAUUCAGAACAUUCCACCCGAACUGCAAGUGAGUCGAAGGUGUCUGUGGACUGACCCAUGCUUUCCUGCGUAGUUUGUGCAAUUAGUUAGGUGUAGAACCAGGCUGACUAGUCUAACGACCAGGGUCCAUGCAAGUUGCACAAGACUUGUUUAAAAAGACGCAGUUCCCCCUUAAUUGUCCUUUGUCGCUUUUUUCUGAAACGAUCAAGCAUUUUUUGAAAAAAAAAACGAAAACAGUUUUUAUUACACAUAGCUAUUGAUUAUUUGUAAGCAUGUUUCUAGGUGUAAUCGUUAGUUAGAUGCUGCCUCCUACCUCCAUCGAUCGUAUCGCAGCCUGUUUCGCUCGUUUUGAUCGAACGUUCGGUAGAGGAGAGGAAAGCAAAUAAAUGGACAUAUAGUUGCUUAUUAGAAGAUUCUACUCGUUUGAGAGAUUUUAGCGCAUUUUAGACGUGAUGGUGGUGUUAUAAAUUAAAAACACAAAAAAGAAAAAAAGAAAAAAUACUAAGCAAACAACAUGACAACCGGACACAAUCGACGACACGUACUGUAAUCACAGAAGAAAUUUGUUUGAAGGACUGUCUUCGUGUCCUUUUUUUCUACACACGUGUAUUUACAGCCGUACGAGACCCACGUUUCGUAGUUCGAUGACGUUCGUCACUUUCAUAUCUAGCUCUUAAAAAUGUAUGCCAAAGUAAGAUUAAACUAUAAAAAAUAUGUAAACUUGUCCAAUGCAGACGAUUCAUUUUGGAAAGGAUAUGAAAGAAACUGCCAGUCUAGU